AAUAAUAAAUCGAAGCGAUCGAAGCUUCUUCAUUCAUUCAGUCUCUGACCGUCUUACGAUCCCCUCACAGCCAAAUCGUCGCACAGUCUCGUAAGAGGGCAAGAAUAAGUGAGUCGCGCAGCAAGAAAAAAAAAGUAUUCAGUAUAAAACGUGCACAAGUUGCAAAAAAAAGUCUGAUUUUGGUGAAUUUUAAUUUUUUCUGCAAAGUCAGAGAAGUCAGUAUAUAAUUAAAAUCAAUUUACACUCCCAUCAUCAGAGAGUGUAUCAAAGUCAAAAGAAUUAAAAUACAAAAAAAAACGUUGAUUAAAACGCGCCUUUUGAAUAAAAAUUCAUAUUCUGUAAUUGCCGAGUUGAAUAAUCACUGCAGUUAAUUUAAAUGAUUAAUCAAGUGCCGCGUAUGAAAUUUAUUAAAAAUCACGUAUAACACAAGUGGUGUGUGGUGCUAAGAGGACGAAAAAUCUUCAACAGUUCACGGGGUAUAUAGAAUAAGAGAAAAAAAGCUCCCAAAGUGCUGAAAAUAGAGUGAAGCGGCGUGAAAUAAAUUUGCAAGAUAACGAAUCUUCAAUUGGAGCGAAAAAUCACUUGAAAUAGUGACCACAGUUAAAGUCUACCAUACAUAUGUUGAUUCACAAAUCUGCAUUAAUUAUCCCGGGAAUCAAAGUUAUUGUUGAACUUGAGAACUGCAAGAACUGUGUGAAUUUUGUGACAUAACAUAACGCCUUUCUGGACAUUUCACCCAAUUUUCCCUUUUUUUACUUGAAAAAAAAUUGUUGCAUUUUUUUCCUCACUUGAAAAGUGUUGGACGAAAGAGAGAGGAAAGGAGGUGAAAGGAAAUAAGAUUUUAUAGCAGUUAGGUGACACAUCGCUGUCAGAUCUGCUAGAAAAAGUAUCAAGGACAAUUCGUGUAGUUUCCCAAGGAAACCCGCCGAAAGCUAUGGUGCGAUUAAUGGAAAUGAGUUCAUCGCUCCUGUUUGCGAUUGGGAUGUUUCUGGUGUGUGGCCUGACCAGUGGUCGAAGUAUUAGUGAGCCCAAUAAUUCACUCCUAUCCAGUGGCGGGGACUCCAACAAGUUGAUCGCGCAGGAUUGGGUGAAGAUCACAGCGGCUCCUGCGGCUCGUGUUACCCACGUGCCCGGGGCAACGGUGGAGUUGGAAUGCGAAGUAUCAGGAUCACCACCGCCUACAAUACACUGGAUUCGUGGCAGUUCUCCCCUCAACUUGCUAAAUGAGAUGGAGGCCAAUGUGGUGUCAGAGGCGAGCCCCAAUGCUUUGGUGCGAGUCCGGUCGCGUCUCGUGCUGGAGCAUGCUGCGCCAACGGAACGGACGUACACAUGUGUGGGACGCUCAGGGAGUAAGACGGCAUUUGCAACUACCACCGUUGUGUCAGCGCCGCACCAUGGACGCCAGAAGCACAAUAUCACAUCGGACAUUAUCAGCACACUACUGAAUCCCAGUGGAGGCGCCCAGAAGCCGCGUAUUGUGCUCUUCUACACAGUCCUCCUUGAAUUAAUGGGUUCAGACGUGGUGCUUCCAUGCAACACAAUUGGACGCCCUCGGCCAGACAUCUAUUGGCUCGAUGUCAAUGAUAAUCUCAUCAGUGGCCAGGAGCCACGCUACAGAGUCCUCCCCACGGGAGAGCUCAUCAUAACUAAUCUCAAGUGGAGCGACAUGGGUGGCUUCACCUGCGUCGCUCGGAACGCCCUCGCCAAAGAUACCAUCACCACAUUCGUCUAUCCCAUACUUAGUGAAGAGUGAAUCUCUCAUGAAGACAGUGAGGACAACAGUAAAAAGGACACAGAGGAACCACAUAGGCACUUUUUUCGAUAUACAAAGCGUAAACUACUAGAAAAGAAAUUCACAUCCCUCCCUGUGAAUUUUUUAUAGAUGGAAAACAAAAGUUCAAAGAAAUAAUCGAAAAGAAAGAAAAAAACUUAUACGUACGUGUAUAUAAUUUAAGAAUAUUAAAUGUAUAACAUCCCUAUUUAUUGUCA